GUGUUUGUACGUAGAACAUUAAUAUUCUAUUGAAAUUUGAAAAUAGUACCGUAAUAUUGACUACCUACAUAUAUAGAUAUUUAACAUUUCGUUUAUAUCAUUGGUCGUAAAUCUAUCGUAGUCACACAGUGUGAUACAAAGAUCGAUCCACAGAAUAAUUUCGGAUCAUAAACGAAACGUAAAAAUGUCUCGUUUUGCGAAUAAACGGAAUUUUUCGUAACGAUAGUUGAUCGAUUGGCGCUAGAUGGUGCUAAUAGUAAUGUUCCGAAGGAGCGCGCGCGCGUCAAUAUGUAUAAAUUUAAAAAUCAAGAUUCUCGGCUAUGUUAUUUAGGUAGAAGGGUAUCUCUAUUUAAAGCAGUCCAGACCAGACUGAUCCUGUCAAUCCAUGUACGUAAGAUACCUUUUCAGAAUUUCGUUGUAUUCGGCAACGUGCUCAUUGAUACGAAUACGCGAGGAAAGAGAUUGAACGAAAUGAAAACGACUAAAGUAUUUCGAACGAUUAGAAAGGAGAAACGACGACGAGGUAAGAGAGCAGAGAAAGAACGUAGAGGGGAUGGAAAGAGAAGAAACGAGAAAGAAAGAAUAGGAAGAAAAGAGACAUCGCGCGAAGUUGGCGCGGAGCCAGAAUUUCAUAGAAAUACGCUGACUAAAUAGAAAGACGGACAGCGUAACCUCGGCCUAGGUCACGAAUGUUUUCAAAGUUGUUGAAUGAUUUCGGUAAGUUGUAUCGAUUAUUCGUAAGAAGCAGAUCGGCCGUCGAUCACUCGACUGGUCGUUGGGCCGAUUAAAAACCGAUCUGUACGCUCUUACGAGAUCACCUUCGUCUUUUCGUUAACAAGCAACAAUCGUGCGGGCUCGAACAAACUCUCCUAUCUUGUUGCGAGUAUACGAGUGGAAAACUUACAAGUUUCGAAACGUUGGCGUACUAUGUCGGCAAAUUCGCGCGGAACUCGUGUUUUAUUUCAACUAAAUUUCAAAUUUCAUUCGUUGCUUUAUAAUAUGUUGUUAUUGCGGACAACAGUGACCAGUAAAAGGAAUUUUAAAAGAGGAUUUUAAAAGAGGAAAGCUGAUUUUUUUGAAAGCGGAAGAAUCGAAUUGAUCGAGAGCCGACAAGAUGGAAGUAGGAAAUAUAUUGGAACAGGGGUCGAGUUCUAAGAGAAAUUUUUUUGAUCGCAACAACGCGAAGGUAACGGCAACAGCAACGAUGCCACCAUCGACAAUCGCGCGCACUCGAUCGAUAUUCUCCCACUGCUAUUUUUUUCGUCUCUACGUGCCACUUUUCUUACCGCGCGUCUUUAUUUUUUCUUCCUACUUUUUCCUGCUCUUUUAUAAGAGAUAAGAAAUAUUUGGUAUCCAAUAUCUUUCUCGACACCGCGUAUUUCAUUCUCCCGUUUAUUAUUCGUGUCUCUCGAUUCGCCGCCACGCUUCUCAUUAUGUUUCGGUAAAUUUUCAACGCAUACACGAUCAAUGAUAUUUCGUUUUAUCGACG